GUUUAAACAAGAAUAUGUUGAUGAAUUUAUUCAUGGAACAUCGCGCGAUUAGAACGUCCGAUAUAAAAGAGCAAAGAAUGAGGCGAUGUUAUCAAAGGGUCUCACAAGAUGCCAAGACAGAUAUACUUGUAAAAAAAAAAUAGCAGUAUUUGUCGUCAUUAUCUUACUACUAUCUAAAUUGUAAUAGAAUUUGAAUUUAAAAACAUGGAUAUACAGUUAUCAAAUUCUAGUUGGUUGGAUGAUAUACCUUAUAUAAUUGAGCCAAAUCAGGCCAAAUCCAAUCAUGUAACACCGAUAAGAAAUGAAGAAGUAUAUUAUUCAAAUCAAAGUCAACAGUUAACAUGUACACCACCCGUCUAUUCUGUAGAAACAAAUUUCAACUUCAAUCAGGAAAUUAUGGAUACGUAUGAACAAUCGUCAGAUUCAAGAUCUACUCAAUUACCGGUUAAACGAAGACAAACAGCGCAUACGAAAGCGGAACAGAGAAGAAGAGAUUCGAUAAAGACAGCUUAUACAAACCUGAGUUCAAUUUUACCAGUAAAUAGUAAUAAUGAUUCAAAGCCUAUCAGUAAAGCAGCAAUAUUACAAAAUGCUAUACGCUAUGUGAAAGAUUUGGAACAACAAAAGGAAAUAAAAGCCGCUGCAAUACAAAAAUUAAAGAUUGAAUUAGCCAGCCUAAGAGAAUUACGAAAGAAUUAUCAUCAAACUAUUACCUCCAAAGCUGUAGAGAAGGUGUCCGAGGAUCAAAAAUUCUUUUUUGUAAGUUGUUAAGACUUAAUUAAUUAAUUAAUGUUAUUACUCUUUUCUCAUUUUCAAAGUUUGAACAUCUAGCUGACGAGUUAUUUAUAUCAUUUCAAUCAAUGAUCAACUGGAGAAAUUUUUCCAAUUUUUCCAAUCUUGUUUUAGCCUGGCUGGAAGACAAUUUAAGUAAAAGUAAACUUCGGGAAACAAUUUUAAAAAGUUCAAACAAUCGUUUACCCUUUCCAAACAACUAAAACAAUUAAAUAAACAGCUAUAUUAAAUGCAUUAAUGAAAAUUUUGAUAUGAUGAUAUGAACCAUACCAAUAAAUAUAUUUACAAUUAUAGCAAGGAGAGUGAACUCUAAACUGUCAAUUAAUUAGAGUAUUGGAAAGUUUUAUUUCUUCCUUUAACACUUGUUUCUAUAAUUUUUCAAAUUGUAUUCACAUUGAUAUUUAUUUGAUGGAUAUACUUAUUUAAUAAUAGAGGUGUGCGAUCUGUACAAAAAGGAGGGCGAAAGAAAAAGGUAGUUUUAUGAUGGACAAUUAACUAUGACAUAUACAUUAUGUAUGACCUUUCAACCUUGUUCCAUUAUUUAAAAACAACCACUGUUAACGAAGAUAAUUUAUCACUCUCGCAUUUAAAAGCUGAUGCAAUCUAUUUCAACGUCCAAAAACUAUGUUACCUUGUGCUUUUCUGUCAAAUUAGAUAAUCAAAUAAUUCUAUAAAUAGAUUUUUUUCCUCAUUUUAAUUUAAUAGUAAACCAUCAGUUCACUCUAUUUACUAUUAAAGAUUAAUAUUUUACUUAGCGUUGAUGGUUCACUAUGUCCAUAUAAUUAAGUAUUUAAUAAUAGAUAAUAUAAUCUAUUUCUGGAAUAAAAUGUUUUCCAAAUUUGAUUUUAAAACUAAUGUAUUUAAUCUGAUUGUACUUUUCAUGUUUUAAUUAUAUUUUGCAACGUAUUUCAACAUUCUUUUGUGUUCAAAACAAUAGUUUAUAGAAUGCUAUUUUAUUAUUUUAGUGAUUUAUUGAUAAUUGGUUUUAUCUUUUGAAUCUUAUGCAUUUCUAUUUUUAGAAAAAUGCCUGACAAUUUGUAGUAUUUAUAAUUAUUUUUCAAUUGAAACUCGGUAAAAACUGUCGAAAAAGAUCUGAGAAGAACAACUAAUUCAUUUGACUAUCAUGUGAAUAUUGAUAGAGAUAUAUUAAAAAAUAAUAUUUUAUAUUAACAGAAAUAAUAACA